AUCAUUUUGUUUCUAGCCUUAUACGAUCUCCAGUCCGGGGGAGACACACACAACUCUGACAGAUCUGAUUGUUGGUGGUGUGGCAUCGUGAUGAGCACCUGUCAUCCUCUAUUUCUGCACGGUUUAUUUCAUUUGAGUCAGACAUUUUAACUCGUUGCUUGGGAUUUGGCUUCGUUCUCUUAACCUUUGCUGUCGUGUUGCUGAAAUAUAGCAUAUCUAGCAUGUUGUUUGUAAGCAUCUUGUUCUGUUACUUUUCGUAUAAUACGCUGAACAUGCAUGGUUCUAUUGCAAGUGUAUUUUUAGAAACGAAAUUCUGAAUUUACAAAAAACCGAAUUGUGGCUGAAACAGGUUGUGUCAAGUCAUGGCAUUCAGUAAAGGUUAUCGUAUUUAUCAUAAGCUGGAUCCACCUCCGUACAGUGUGAUUGUGGAGACCAGAAAUCGAGAGGAAUGCCUGAUGUUCGAGUCUGGAGCCGUUGCUGUUCUGUCGGCGGCAGAGAAGGAGACAAUCAAGUCUGCGUACACCAAGAUGCUUGAUGCUUAUGGGAUCCUGGGUGUUCUUCGUCUUAACCUUGGGGAUUCUAUGCUGCACAGCCUGGUGGUCGUAACGGGCUGCAGUUCAGUGGGAAAGGUCCAGGAUUCAGAAGUUUUUCGCGUAACAGGCACUGACUUUGUCUCUCUGAAAAACGACCCCUCGGAUGAGGACCGCAUCGCUGAUGUCAGAAAAAUCUUAAACUCUGGGAACUUCUAUUUCGCCUGGUCCUCCACCGGAGUGAGUCUGGACCUCAGCUUGAACGCACACCGCAGAAUCAGAGAAGACACAUCUGAUAAUCGAUUUUUCUGGAAUCAGUCCCUCCAUCUCCAUCUCAAGCAUUAUGGGGUGAACUGUGAUGACUGGCUGCUGAGGUUGAUGUGUGGCGGAGUAGAGAUCCGCACCAUCUACGCUGGGCACAAGCAGGCCAAAGCUUGCGUGAUCUCUCGGCUCAGCUCAGAGAGAGCAGGCACGCGUUUCAAUGUCCGAGGCACAAAUGACGACGGCCAGGUGGCAAACUUUGUAGAGACUGAGCAGGUUAUUUUCCUUGAUGACAAAGUGUCCUCCUUCAUUCAGAUCCGAGGGUCAAUACCUCUGUUCUGGGAGCAGCCAGGAAUUCAGGUCGGCUCUCAUCGUGUUAAGCUGUCCCGUGGUUUUGAAGCAAACGCACCGGCUUUUGAGAGACACUUUAGUGCCCUGAGGAAGCUGUAUGGCAAACAGGUGAUCAUCAACCUGCUGGGUAUGAAGGAGGGUGAACACAUGCUCAGCAAAGCAUUCCAGAGUCACCUGAAAGCUUCAGAGCAUGCAAAUGCUGUGAGAAUGUUGAACUUUGACUAUCAUCAGAUGGUUAAAGGUGGGAAGACUGACAAGCUCAUCAGUGUCCUGAAACCUCAGAUCAGCAAGUUUCUGGAGGAAUGCGGUUUCUUCUACUACUCAGGAGAGGCGGGCAUUCAGAGAUGUCAAAGUGGCACAAUUCGUUCCAAUUGUCUCGACUGCUUGGACCGAACAAACAGCGUCCAGGCCUUCAUUGCACUUGAGAUGCUCCCAAAACAAUUGGAAGACAUGGGUCUGACUGAGAAACCUCAGCUGGUGGCGCGGUUUCAGGAGGUUUUCCGCACCAUGUGGUCCACCAAUGGAGACUCGAUCAGCAAGAUCUACGCAGGCACUGGUGCUCUGGAUGGCAAGGCUAAGGGUGGAAAGCUAAAAGACGGAGCUCGCUCGGUCACAAGAACCAUUCAGAAUAACUUCUUUGACAGCUCUAAACAGGAAGCCAUUGAUAUCCUGAGACUGGGCAGCACCCUGAACAGUGACCUGGCAGAUAAGGCACGAGCCCUUCUUACAACCAGCAGCCUGUAUGUCACUGAGCCCAUUUUACAGUCAGCCUCUCCCAGAGUGCUUCUGGGCAUGUGUCAGAGCCACUUCAAGUACACACGUCCCAAAAAGAUCAGAGUGUGUGUGGGUACGUGGAACGUGAAUGGGGGCAAGCAGUUCCGCAGUAUUGCAUUUCGUAACCACACGCUCAAUGACUGGCUCCUGGAUGCCCCUAAGAAGGCCGGCCAUCCGGAAUUUCAGGAUGGAAAAGCCAACCCAGUGGACAUCUUUGCUAUUGGCUUUGAGGAAAUGGUGGAGCUUAAUGCUGGAAAUAUCGUCAGCGCAAGCACCACUAAUCAGAAGCUGUGGGCUGCAGAACUGCAGAAGAACAUCUCACGAGAUCACAAAUAUGUGCUGCUGGCCUCAGAGCAGCUGGUGGGUGUCUGUCUGUUCGUCUUCAUACGCCCUCAGCAUGCGCCAUUCAUCAGGGACGUUGCUGUGGACACAGUAAAGACUGGAAUGGGCGGAGCCACUGGUAAUAAAGGGGGUGUGGCUAUACGCAUGCUCUUCCACACCACCAGCAUCUGCUUUGUGUGCUCACACUUUGCCGCUGGCCAAUCACAGGUCAAAGAGAGGAACGAUGACUACACUGAAAUUGCGCGCAAACUGUCCUUCCCCAUGGGCCGGCUCCUGUUCUCCCAUGAUUAUGUAUUCUGGUGUGGAGACUUCAACUACCGAAUAAAUAUUCCUAAUGACGAGACAAAGGAGCUGAUCAGACAGCAAAAUUGGGAUGCACUGAUUGCUGGAGAUCAACUGGUAGAGCAGAAGAAUGCUGGACAGGUUUUUAAAGGCUUUAUUGAAGGGAAGCUGGAUUUUGCCCCCACUUACAAAUACGACCUGUUUUCGGAGGACUACGACACCAGUGAGAAGUGCCGCACACCAGCCUGGACUGACCGUGUGCUGUGGAAGAGAAGGAAGUGGAACUUUGAUAAAACUGCGGAAGAGUUGGAGUUGAAUGUCGUAGGAGCCCCAGUGAAUGAGGAAGAUCAGUGCCCAUGGAGCCCUGGAGAGCUCAAAUAUUAUAGCAGAGCAGAGCUCAAAACCUCUGAUCACAGGCCUGUGGUGGCUAUCAUAGAUGUGGACGUACUUGAGGUGGAUCCAGAGGCCAGACACCAGGUGUAUAAGGAAGUGAUCGCCCUGCAGGGUCCACCAGAUGGCACCAUCCUCGUCUCGCUCUGCACGUCUGGUCCUGAUGACUACUUUGAUGAUGCACUGAUAGAUGACCUGUUGGACAAGUUUGCUCAGUUUGGCGAGGUUAUUCUUAUCAGGUUUGUUGAAGAGAAAAUGUGGGUGACAUUUUUGGAGGGAUAUUCUGCUCUAGCAGCUCUAUCUUUGAGCGGCUCUACCGUGAAUGGUAAGACCAUAGACAUCCGUCUGAGGAGUCCAGGAUGGAUAAAGAGUCUAGAGGAGGAAAUGAGUGUGGAGAGAAUCUGCGGCAGCAUCCCAACAUCCACCAGCUCCACCCUGCUGGCAGAAAACUCUGACAUGGGAGAAGAGUAUGACAUGGAAGGUGAUGUGGAUGAGGAGAUUGAGGAUAUUUUACCCCAGCACCUGCAGCCUGGAGCAGGCAUGGAUCUAGGCUCGUCCCCUGCCCCAUCCCCACACACCAGCCCCUGCCCCUCUCCUACCUACGGAGAACCUGCACCCCCCAUCCGGCCCAGCAGAGCCCCUCCACGAACAGCUGGACCACCUCAGGGAGGAUUAAGCCCAGCAGCCAUUAGAAGGGAACUGGCAGGUUCUCCUGUUGAUGGUCAGCCAGCUGGAGCUCUCUUUCCACAGGGACUAGAGCCAAAACGUCCCCCUCCUCCACGGCCCAACGCCCCACCGGCCCGGCCCGCACCUCCGCAGCGCCCACCCCCACCCUCAGGAGGCAGAAGUCCCGCACCUGUUAGGAAAGGUUCAGCAGGCUUUGCUGAGCCUCUCGAUCUAGAGUUUGAUGUGACUGAUUAUGAAGGUCGAGGUCAAGCCACCGGAUCAGCCCCUGGAGGCGCCCCACGGCCGAUCCCACCUCGAGCAGGAGUCAUCAGCGUCCCUCCUCAGGCUAGACCUCCUCCUCCUGCUCAUCCUGGGGCCCCCAGACCCAUAGCAGAGGUGCAUACUGGAGCCCCACGACCCUCACUUGAUAAUCACCCUGGAGCUCCAAGACCCGUUCCUGAGCCCCAAAGCAAACCGUCUGAACUCCCUCUGGGUCCACCCCCCACACUGCCAGGUCCCAUGAGGCCUCAGAUGACAUCACCCAUGCAGCCCCAGUCCAUGUCGCCAAUGCAGCCUCCAGUCCAACCUCAACUGACCCCACCCAUACAAGCCCAGCUGCCUCCACCAAUGCAGCCCACCUUACCUGCCCCGCUGUACCCUCAGCCUGCUCCUCAAGCAUCUGCUGGAGCCGCUGCCGCCUCUCAGCCCGGACUGGCAUCUCCCAAGCCUCCACCCCGGAGCCGGUCCUCUCACGCACUGCCACCUGAGUCUGCUCCUGCUCCUGCUCCUGCUCCUGCAUUUCAGGCCAAGGACAUGAAUGGAGUACAAAGAGAAGCACAAUGGAAUCUAGACCCCUUCGACAUGUUUAACUCCCAGUCCCUCUUCCAAAAUUCAUUCUCCGCUUCUCUCCCUCGCUCCUCUUCCUCAUCCACCCCCUCCCCUUCUUCCUCCACGUUACCCAGCUCCCUCUCCCUGUUCUCAGCUCCGGAGACCAGCAGCACUCCAUGUCUCCUGCCUCCCCCUGCUCCCUCCCGCAGCAAGUCCCAGGAGACCCUCCGUUCAUCCCCCAACCCGUUCCUCAUAGAAGCCCAACCCAGACCCAACAGCACCAAUCCUUUCACUGGCAACUUGUUGUCCUCCCCCCGCCGAUCGCUCACGCCUGAUUUUUACACUCAGCAGCAGGCCCAAGAGGCCAGGUCGGGCCUAAACAGGGCCAUGUCAGCUGUGGUUCACAGUUCAACUCUUCCACCAUCAUUCUCCAGACAACAAUCCUUAGUUCCUGCUCCAGCAGCAGCCCCAGCCAAACAAACCCAAAAGUGGGUCACAUUCGAUGACGAUUCAGAUUUCCUUUCAAUGAAGGUUCCAUCCGCAGCUGGGACCGGCCCACUGCUUACACCCACAGUCUCAUCUGUUCCCUUCCCACAACCCCAGAGCAGCCUCCCCAGCUCAGGCUUUGGCAUAAACAGCAACUGGGCGUCGCUUCCCACGUCCUCGUUUCCCACAAUCCCUCCUCCGGUCCCUACCAGGACUAAUACCAGCGUUAAAAAAAACGCCCACAUCCCUUUCAGAAACGAAUUCACAGAGAGUUGAUGCAGUGGAGAAAGUGUACGUAAAAUAGAGAGAAAAUAUUAUUGUGUAUCUAUAAUAAGUGUAUGGUUUGUAUAAUAGCGUGUUGUUGGAAGUCUUGACGGGUUUGUCCGAAAUAAAUCUGACCGUUUCUUUUAGCCCAACUAAGAGGAAAUCAACACAGUAUGUCAGGACAUUUUGAGUUUUUUAAAUAAUGGGCAAAAAAACAACAACUGUCAUUUGCAUAUUAAUCUGCAUAUUUUAAUUCCAUCCUCUGCUUAUCCUCAUGUCAGAGCAAAGAAGAUAUUUUGAAAAAAAAAUAUUUUUUUUUUUGGAACCAUUGACUUCCAUUAUAUGGACAAAACCGGUUGAAACAUUGUUCAAAAUCUGUUCUUGUUUUGGUCCACUAUCCCCCUAUCCUGUAACCCACUGCAAAUAAGAAAACUUGUUAUUAUCAAACGCACAGAUUUAAAAUGCCUGGCUGUGUCUGACGUGUUUUACGCCAUUAUAUCUGUAAAAUGGGCUUGACCAGAGAUACUUGUUGGUUGUUGAACUCAUUAUGAAUGUGUCUGUUGCCUACGUUUAGAUUCAGAGCCUGCAGCAGUAACUGUUGCUGUGCUUUACUGCACACUCAAAUCAAGAGGCUUUAUUUUUCUGGGUGUUCACGCAAAAGACCCCCUCCCAUCCCCCGUGCAUCCUGUAGCACGCUUAGCUUGUCAAAAUAUAUCUUCUAUACAUAUUCAUAGUGAUUAUAUAAAUGUCUUCCUAGUGGGGAAAAAUGUAAAGUCGUUCUGAAUUGUGAUUUAUAUUUACAGCAUAUACAUGCCAUAUCUAAAGUGCACUGAAGAGCUCUGUCCUUUAGGCUUUUGAGUGGAGCAUGAGGGUCACAGCGGCUCUUCUCAUUCAUCAACACUGUAUGUAUAUACAUGUGCUUUCAUUUCAUCUGAUCCAAAGCUCACGACAGAACUGCUGUAUUAAACAAAUGCGCUGUGUGUUUGAUAUGGUGGGUUCCUCCUUCAGGAUUUCGGUCAUUCUUUCUUUUGUGCAAUGUGUACUUCUUCGCUCAAUGAAAUUGUGCUUUUUAAUUUCGAUGAACAGGUUGUGAGUAAAUCUAUUUAUUGUUAUGUGGAGGAAUACUGUGCUGUAUUUUGGAGUGCGCCCGUCUGUUUCUGUGUAUUUUAGCUGUUUGUGCGAGUGGGCUUGCGUGUUUGCAUCAGCAUAUUGAGGGAUUUGGAUAUCUUAGAGUCUGCUGACCCCAGAGUCAUUAUAGCAUUAUGUUUUCAAACUGAUUUUGAGAUAAAUAUUUAUCAAAUAUGGUAUAAUCUUGAGAGGUAACGCAAAACGCAUUGAAAAGCUACCUUUUUGUAACAAUGCUUUGUUGAUAAAAGGCUGGAGUACAAAGGCCCCAAAGGUGUUUAGUUGGUUCUGGGGAAGCAUAUCACGGUUCAGCCUCAGUUGUUUUUGUCGAUUGUAUAGCAUUCCAGAUUUUACUGAUCCAUUAUGGGUGAAUGAUCAGCCUUCAGGCAUUUGUUUUAUGUGAGCUGUCGAUUUACUCAUGUUCUGCAGGUUUUUAAUGUCCCUCAAGGGAACACUGAAAUGAUUCAUUCUUGGUUAAAGUGUUUGUAUUUCAGGAAAGCAGUGUUUUACUUGUGCUUUUGUUCCAUGUUUACAUUUUCGGUACAAAUUUUAACAUCUGCACUAGCUGUUUAAAAAGUUCGCCUGGGACGUGUUGGGCAACAUAUUUUGGCUUUAAGCAUUACAGAUUUUUGGAGCUUAAAAGCACUGAAAAGUUAGUCUCUUUUUGGGGUUUGGUUGAGGAAUGGGUCAGAAAAAGCCAGCCAGCAAGAUUGUGUGAAUUAAUGCAUGAGGAAACCAUUCCAAAACGCAUUCCAAAGCACUAACUGUGAAUAUCUCCAGAAUACAGACAAGUAUCAGGUUGUGGAUAAUGUUUUUUUUCUUUUGAUGACUGAUGAACACAAUGUAACCACUUAACAUUCAAAGGCAUUAGAAAUAAUUUGAUCAGAUGUUCUGUAUGUAAUGGAAUAACUGCUAGCGCCAGUUAUUAAUGAGAAGCAAGGUUUUAUAGGAAUGAACUCUUUUUGUGAAGUUAACAUUCCUUUCUAGCUUUUAGCCCAGUAGUAAACCGGUCUGUGAUAUUAACCUUAUAUAUGUAUGUAUACACAAACCACAAAACUGCAAUCAGUAACAAGUUCUCGAUCUGUAAUUUAAGUGCACACCAAAAGUGCACAUUUAUGUAUGGAGCAAUUGAUGUUGUAUGUAUGCAAUAAUAAAUGUAUUUCAACAUGAAA